CCCGCCCCUCGUGUGGAGCAGCGCGAGCUCAGUGCGGGACAGGACCUGGAGCCACGCGCAUCAUGGACACGGAAGGACCGGACUCUGACCCGAGCUCCGCGCACGACCCGCGGAAAAUGUUCGUGGGGGGGCUGAGCUGGCAGACGACCCAAGACGGCCUGAGGGAGUACUUCCGGAGGUUCGGGGACGUGAAGGACUGUAUGGUGAUGCGCGACCCCGUGACCAAGCGCUCCAGAGGUUUCGGGUUCGUGACGUUCGAGGAUCAGGCUGGAGUGGACAAAGUUUUGGCCCAGAACAAACACGAACUGGACACAAAGACGAUCGACCCGAAGGUGGCGUUUCCCCGAAGAGCUCAACCCAAGUUGGUGACCAGGACAAAGAAGAUCUUUGUUGGAGGUUUGUCUGUGAGCACCUCCAUCGAGGACGUCCGACACUACUUCCACCAGUUUGGAAAGGUCGACGACGCCGCGCUGAUGUUCGAUAAGACCACGAACCGACACCGAGGUUUUGGUUUCGUGACGUUUGAAGACGAGGAGGUGGUGGAGAAAGUGUGUGAGAUCCACUUUCAUGAGAUCAACAGUAAAAUGGUGGAGUGUAAAAAGGCCCAGCCCAAAGAGGUCAUGACCCCCAGCUCCUCCAGGGGGCGCUCCCGAGUCGUGCCGUACGGGGUCGACGCCGCCGCCUUCAUGUUCGGGGUCGGAAUGCUCGGUUACCCGAGUUUCCAGACGGCGACCUACACCAGCAGAACCUUCACUCCAGGCUUCUCCUGCCAACUGCCAGAGUUCCAGUUGGAGCGAGCGUCUCUUCUCGGCUCGGCCCCUGAGUUCACAGCGAUCCCUCUGGCGGCGGCGGCGUUUGCUCCGAUGACGUCGUUGGUCAGAGGCUCCGCCCCCUCGCGUCCCGCCUUCCUCAGCACCAGCAGCCCUGGACCAAUGGCAGAGCUCUACACAGCACAGUACACACGCUCCCCUCGUCGCCGCCUUCACAAACGGAUACCACUGACCCGAGGACACCAGCCAAUCACAGCGCUCCCAGGCUCUCAGGCUGUGUGCUGA